AUGGAAGAGCAGGGGAACGGGUGGGGGUCCCGCUUGCUGUGGAGCCCUUCAGAUCUAUCUUCGGACUCUGGGAGCCACUGUGCGGGACUGGUCCCUGGUCUUCAUCCCGUCCUCAGAGUUCUGACACAGAUUCCUCCUUCCUCUCCAAAAGCCUCUGUUUGUUGCGGCUGCUGCAGCUGGUCGCCUCAGCCCAUCUUGGAUCUGUCUUUGGACCGAUUGAACUGGUAUAAAUUCCAGGUGCCCUCCCACUUCAGGUACAACCUGCAUGAGGAGAGAAGGAAAAAAGAUGAAUAG